UCUGCUUAUUCAUGGGAAAUUAAUGCAAUGAGAAAAAAUUUCAAUAUGAUGUAUAUAUUACACUAAACUAAAUCUGAAUUUUUGUUGUCAUAAUUCUAAAAUAAUGACUACUUCGGCAUGUGAUUGCACAGACAAUUAUGCCACAAAUUCUGUCUGGAUAACAAAUGAUGUUAUGUACACUAAAUGGCCAAAUGAUACCAUGGAAACACUGCUAAAACCAACAGGAGAGAGCUUUAAUGAGGUUCAACUUCAUCCAUCAUCACUUGAGUUUCGUCGACCUAGCAUACUCAACCAAUAUAUAGAGAUGUCACUCCUGUCUGCAAUCAUGGUGAUUGGAAUUCUAGGUAAUAUUCUAGUAUUAGUAGUUUACUACAAAAAUCGGUUCAAAAAGCAGUCAACAGCAAACUACUUUCUCUGCAGCUUGGUUGUAUCGGAUUUAAUUGUCUGCAUUUCUGUAAUACCGUUACAUCUUUACCUAGAAGUUACAAGUAUUUACCGUUUUAUUAAAGAUAUUGAAUGUCAAAUCUCGCUGUUUAUUUGGAACCAGACAUUACUUUGCUCUUCAUGGAUUUUAGUUGGAAUCUCUAUAGACCGGUAUCUUGCCAUUCGUUACCCACUUGAAACAAAAAUUGAUGCUAAGAAAGCGAAAUUUAUGGUUGUGGGUAUUUGGGUAAUGUCUGUUAUUGUGGCAUCUCCAUCAUUGAUGAUCUUUGUUGGUCCUAGGUGCACACUUAUGGAAACAACAGCAUUCCCAUUGUUCUUUACUACUGCAAUUUUACAUUCACUGGUAGCUAUGUACAUUCCUUUAGUUAUAAUCAUUGCAGCAUAUUUACAGAUAUUUUACUUACUUUCAAAGAGAAAGAAACAUUCUAAACGGCAAAUUGGAUGUCAGAAACUCAUUAACAACACAAGAACCAUAGUAGCUAAACGACUUUUUCUUGUCAUUAUCGUGUACAUCAUUUGUUGGCUUCCAAGGGCUGUGCUCAAAAUUCAUUUGAGUUUUACUACAGGUGAUAGAACAGACUCUAACAGCCGUGAUUUGAUUCUCUACCUGAUCGAGUACUUUCUGCCAUAUCUAAACUCACUUUUGAAUCCUGUACUCUACUUUAUGAUAAAUAAAUCAUUUCGCAGACAAUGUAGAAGAAUUUUCUGUUGUUACUACAGAUGUGUCUGCUGCAGAGCUGAACGAACUGCUUACACACUUCAGAAGACAAGUAUGCUUUUACGCAUGAACAGCAGUUUCAAAAAUACAACUUUUCGCAACUUGGCUCUAAAUCAAUAAGCAUGAAAAUGAAAUUUUGAACUUUACACCUAUUCAUAUGAUAAUGUAAAGUAAGCUAUUGUUCCUGUUGAAUAUAUGUAUAUUUUUACAGGUUACUUUUUGGUGAUUGUGGUACACUACAGUUAGGCGCGAUCGACAAAUUAUUCCAGACGACAAAUCAGUGUUCAGACGCGUUUUCUAUUGUUCUACCAAAACGCGUCUGAAAACACCGUUUGAAUAGCAUGCCGUUUGGAUGCUGAUAUUCCGUUUUGGCCUUUGCUGCUCCCUUUUAACUAUGGCCGAUUGGAUGCACCGUAAAACGUGUCCAGACAACUCUCUAAAAUGAAUCAUAACAUACGGCUGACUGUGCGGCCCUAUACAUCUGACUGUGCGGCCCUAUACAUAAGUACGGACUUGUUUACCUGCUCUCUUUGUACGCCGCCUGUGUGUGCCAGAACUG